GCCCAAUGCCGCUGGUUGUUUGCUUUGGAUGUUGUUUCUGACCUUUGCCUUUGCUCCUGAGCCCGACGUCGACAAGGCUGGACGCCUUUGACCUUUCCAUUCCUUCUUAACUUGGACCUCACGCUCUUUUUAUGCUCCAUUCGUUCACACCCUGCUACGACAAUCGUUGCCCUGGACGCUGCGGACCCGCGCCAUGAGUACGGACAUAAUCAUGACGGAAGAACUUGAGCGGUCGCCCAGCCGCAUGGGGUUCACGCGACCGCUGAUGUGCAAAUCAAGUGACUUUGGGCUCGAGAGCGCAUCAGGCGAAGACGACGAUGAAAAGUGGGAGUUUGCCGGUGCGCUCCUUGUUCCCUCUUCAUCCACCAGCAGCGAAGGCAGCGACUCUUUCGACGACUUUGAGCCGUCGGAUGCCUCUACCCCAGGCCACAAGCCUGCUCUUCCCUCCAGGACCAUUUCGCUCUCCAAUAUCCCCAUGCAGCUCCCAGUAGUCCACGAACCUGCCGAGGUGGAUUCUUACUACCAUGUUGCUACCCCCAUCGCGACUUCCGCUUCGUACACUCUAUUAACGCCUGCAGACCACGGCCUCUCGCGCAGCGCGCUGUCGCAUCUCAAGGGCUUCUGGAGUGCGCGACAGGGCGAGUACGCAAAGCUCGAGGCUCAGCUAGCGCUCGCUGAGGCCAGCCCCUACGGCGGUAUCCUAGAACUGCCACGCUCCCGAGACGGACUUCGCGCUGCCCUCGUUUCCCGACUAUCGCGGCCAGGACUUCGUUUGGCCCAUAGCGCCAGAGCACCUCCCACUUCGUCACCGAACGUUAACGCGCCCAUCUAUCCGCGCACGGGGGACCUGACAACUCUCCGCGACGCGCGUUCCGCAGUCCUUGACCGCGCCUUCUGCAAUCUCACGCUCAACAGCAUCAACAAAAUCCUAUUCCUCCACGACAUGCUCCAGCGCGCGAACCACUCGCCGACUGCGAACUCACUGUCCGCAUCAGACGAGGCCCUAUCUACCGACGACAGCAGCUCGUUCGUCGACAUCUCCCUCAACACUAUCAGCUCUGAGAAUAGCUGCGAGUCGACGUUUGUUGCAGACGAGCAGACGAGCUGCCAGCAGUACGGAUGCGACGGCACUGAUUGCGGCGGCAAACACGAGACUGCUUCGUGCGACCGCUCAUGGGAAAUCGACUGGGUCGCACGCUGGAAGGUACUCCUCGCUCGUGUCAAAGAAGAUCCUCUCCUGCCCUCAACCAGCCCCUUGCCGAGUCCUGUCGACGAAAAGGCGUUCUGGGCGGCGUUCAGCCCGCCAAAGCCUGCCAAGUUCUUCAUCCCCGAGGAAGAAGACGAGUUUUUCGGGUGCGAUAGCGACGGGGAAGACGACGACUAUGGCGUCAUGGUUACCCAGCCUGCGUACGGUGUCACUGCGGACUCACUCUCGCGCGAAUUUUUGCACAACUUAUGCGAGUACAGGCUCAGCAUGGAGAUGUAGUCCUGCACAUUCCUACCUGUUACCGCAUUCCGCAACCAGCAUUUUCUUGACUUCGCUACCUCAUCGUCCGUAUCUCAAUUCAGAAACUCGACACAUCCGACCAUUCUCAUAUUAUUGAACUAUGCAAUCUCUUGAUCCACAUUCUUAUUCGGGGUUUGUUAUGACACGUACACUUUGUAUUACUCUAAUUUUGUAUCAUACAAUCAUAUCGUACAUACUGUAUGUACCUGGCCCUGUCUUGGACCCUUCCUUGGUACCUAGUAGCUGAAUCCGUUAUUUCACCUACGUUCCGUCCUGUGGGUGCGCCGCAUGCUUAUAACGGAUCUUA